UGUCUUAGUACAAAAUCAACUCUUGCAUUGAAAACAAGUAACGAAGCUAACAAAAUAUAAUAUUGUAGGAAGUUAUAAAAUUUUAUUGAGGUCCAAAGUGAACGGACUGCGCAGAUGAUUCUUGUUUAUUUUGAUACUAUUAUGUUGGUAGAACUGAUCGCGCGAUUUGACGUCACUGCGCUCGGCUGUCAUUGAUCUAAAAAUAAUAUUAGUGUUUUAAUAUAUUUGCCAAUGGAUUAUGCGAAUCUUCGCUGUUUGGUGAUAUGUGUUAUUAAAUUUGGACUCUUUUAGUGUUAUUCGUGGUUCGAGACUUUUCUUAAAACAGUUUCCGUGUCAAACAAGUUCACUACGUGAUUUGAGUUUCAUAUCUAACAACUUUAACGUGAUUUAAAAACCAAUUAAAUAGAAUUACAAAUUAAUUAUUCUUUAAGUAAAAAUGUCGUCUUUAGGCGGUCAGUGGAGAGUUAUUCGACACUAUCUUUCUAUAAGUAACUUGAACGCUGAAGUAGAAAAACUGGUACAAAGAAUCAAGCCAGCUACACCCGAACAAUGGGAAAACUUAAUAAAGAAAUUUGAACGAGCAGUUACAUCAAAGUUGAACCAAGACGUAAAAAACGAGCCUAAGCUUUUGGAACACAAAGUUAAUACAACAACAGUCCAAGAGACAGAUACGAAGCUACCAGUCAAGGAAAAGGUUGAUAAGGAUGAGAAGACUAAUCAAGAUGGCUUUACGAUAGGCUCUGAUACAAAGGAUAUCACCUUCAAAGGUAUCUGGGAAGGCCUUAAGUUGAGAAAGGAUUUGCAUUUCGGUAACAUAUCGGAAUCUAACUGGAAAACCAACAAACCGAUCGUCUCCAAGACAUCAAUACAUUCACGAACAGCUUAUGUCAUAUCGGCCAUAGUAAUGGCCGAGACGCCCGAGUGUUUGCUUAAGAGGAGCGAGCAUUUCAUAGAACACUUACAACAGUAUCCUGAAGCACGAGAUUAUGCCAUUAAGGAAGGCGCUGUCAGAGCAUUUCUUAGAGUACAGCACAAGUUGAAGAAAAAUAUUGAUGUGCCGAUAAACAAGGAGGUCAACGGGAUUGUAAACGAGGCCCUCGCCCUCCUAGGUCACACAGGCCCUGUAAAGAGCCGCGGUCCCAAUAUUCUGUCAAUAGAUGGCGGUGGCAUCAGAGGUAUUAUCGCCAUAGAAAUAUUGAGACACCUAGAAAGACUGACCGGCAAGAGAGUGCAGGAUCUGUUCGACUACAUCAUCGGUGUUAGCACGGGCGCUAUAAUUGCUGCAGUCAUUGCGAGCGGCAUUGGCAAUCUAGACACGGCCAAUCACAUGUACCACACGUUGUCCAAGCAAAUGUUUGGCAACACUUCACUCAUCGGAGGUACGUCAAGAUUAGUUUGGACCCAUUCAUAUUACGACACAGACGCCUGGGAAAAAUUGCUGCAAGACAAUCUAAGGGAUUGUACGCUGACUGAAUGCAACAGACACGACACUCCGAAGAUGGCGUUGGUGUCGUGUGUAGUAAACUCCGGCUCCCGCCUGGCGCCGUACCUGUUCCGUACAUACGAAUGCGGUUUCCGUGUCCGUUCCGUGUUCGCUGGUAGUUCUAAAGCACAGCUUUGGCACGCCGUCAGAGCGUCAGCGGCCGCGCCGACCUACUUCACGGAAUUCAGACUGCAAGGACUAUUGCAUCAGGACGGCGGCAUCAUGGUGAAUAAUCCAACCGGCGUUGGUCUUCAUGAAGCGAAGCUGUUGUUUGGUGCUGACACCAUCAAAAACGGCACAGUCAUAUCCGUGGGUACUGGACAGGCGUUGAACAAACACCUGGACUACCAGCUGUUGAGUAAAGGCCUGGGAAAAGAAACUUCUGGAACCAGCUGGAAGGACAAAUUCAACAAGAUAUUAGAUUCAGCUACAGACACAGAAGGGGUGCAUUUGGUGAUGAACGAUCUGCUGCCGCCUGGUAAUUACUACCGCUUCAAUCCACCCUUGAUGGAGGAGUGCGCCAUGGACGAGAUAAAUCCUGAGAAAUUACAAAACAUGAUCACAGAUACCAUGGCCUACAUACGGCGGAACCAGCAGAAGUUCGAACAAGCGGCGGCCAUGUUGGUCAGGAAGCGGACGACGUCACAGAGAAUCAUGGAUUAUCUGACAUAUCAGAGCCAAUUGAUGGGCAUAUCGCAUGCCAAUUGACGGUCGAGACAUCAGGAUGAUGAAUCCUGAGAUAUAUCCCGAGGAUAAAUCCCGAGAUACAUCCGGGUGGUGCAUCCUGAUUGUUAACAAAGUGGAUAAAUGUACUUACCACGUGUAUGACCUCAAACUACAUAAAGACGGUUUACAGUUAAUUGUAUACGGACAGAGGUUAUUUGUGAAGAUCGAUCAAUGAAAAACUGUGAACUGUCUGUAUUUAGUUUAAUGAACAUGUGGUUAACUACAAGUGCAGUGAAUAUUAAUUUAAAUGACAAUUGUUUGUUUAACACAUUUAUGAGUACUGUGUUUUGUGAUUGAUUACUUUUGGAGAGUCGAGUAUCUUCGGUGUUGAAGCGAGCCAGUGAUGGAAAGUUCACCAAAUAUAUCCCGAGGAUAAAUCCCGAGAUAUAUGUGAUAGAGAUCCCGAGAUACAUGUCUACUAAAAAUACAUAAAUAUGCUAAUUAGGAUUUAUUAAACUUUAUCAGCUUAAAGUUAUGCAUCUAUGAAGCUAAUGUGGCAGCGAUCCUGUAUAUGAAGACAGUGUAGCUUAAACAGAGAUUACUAUUUAGAGGAUCAAAUAAAAAAAAAAAUCUUAAUAAAAUUUUAGAUAUUAUCUGCAUUAAUAUUUGUAAGAAAUAUUCGAAUGUUAGAAACUAUCGAGUGCGUUAGUGAAAAUAUAUUUUUACUCUGUGCUAAUCGCUGUUGCGCUGUUUCUGAAAUUUAAUUGAGCCUAAAUGUGAUAAAUAUAUUAUAGGAUGAUAUUAGAAAUUGUUUCGAAUAGAAUAUAUGCUACGUAGUGUUUAAGUAUAAGCUAUGAAAUAGCUUUUAAAUUUUUACAGAUUAUAUAUAUGUAUAUAUAUAAAAUCUCUUUUGUAUUGUAAUCACAAUUUUAUUCACUUAGCAGCAAAUAGUUGUUUUGUUAUGGAUAGUUUAUUAUGGCAUUUUCUAAGACUUAAGACAACUGUACUAAUAUUGUUGUGUUACUAUUAGUACAAUGAUAUCUAGUCAUUGUUUUUUU